GGCUGAGUAUAGUGACGUUUCAUUGGACAUCAGGAAACACGCCUUCCGUUAGCUUGAGCCAGAAAGCACAACAAACUACAAGGUUGUCCAUGUGUCUGUGACUGAGCCAGCCGUCACGAUGUUGUCUGCACAAAGAGCAUGUGCAGCCCUGGCUCUCCGCCACCUGGUUGGGGCCCGUGUGUCCUCAACUCAACAACACCGCUUGCAGAUUCACACCUCAGUGUUAUGUCAAGAUGAGGUCAAGCUGGACCCUGAGUGGGCCGACCUGGCUAAGAAACAGCUUAAGGGGAAGAACCCUGAAGAUCUGAUCUGGCGCACACCUGAGGGAAUCAACAUUAAGCCGGUGUACAGGAAGUCUGAUUCAGAGGGACGUGCUGAUGAACUGCCUGGAGUCUUUCCAUACACUAGAGGGCCCUAUCCCACCAUGUACACAUACAGACCUUGGACAAUCAGGCAGUAUGCUGGCUUCAGCACUGUGGAGGAGAGCAACAAGUUUUAUAAAGAUAACAUUAAAGCUGGUCAGCAGGGUCUCUCUGUGGCGUUUGACCUCCCGACCCACCGUGGCUACGACUCAGACAAUCCCAGAGUCCACGGGGAUGUGGGAAUGGCUGGAGUGGCCAUAGACACGGUGGAGGACAUGAAGAUGCUCUUUGACGGAAUCCCCCUGGAGAAGAUGUCUGUCUCAAUGACAAUGAAUGGAGCCGUUAUCCCAGUGUUGGCCAUGUUCAUCGUCACCGGGGAGGAACAGGGAGUGCCAAAAGAAAAAUUAACUGGCACCAUUCAGAAUGAUAUUUUAAAGGAGUUCAUGGUGCGCAACACCUACAUAUUCCCUCCGGAACCAUCCAUGCACGCCAUUGCAGACAUCUUUGCAUAUACCUCUAAGCACAUGCCAAAGUUCAACUCCAUAUCCAUCAGUGGCUAUCACCUUCAAGAGGCCGGAGCAGAUGCUAUUUUAGAAGUAGCUUACACCAUUGCUAAUGGGCUGGAGUACUGCCGGACGGGUCUGAAAGCGGGCCUAACCAUCGACGAGUUUGCACCAAGGUUGUCGUUCUUCUGGGGAAUCGGGAUGAAUUUCUACAUGGAAAUAGCAAAGCUGAGAGCAGCCAGGAGGUUAUGGGCCACUCUGAUAAAAGAAAACUUCCAGCCCAAGAACCCCAAGUCUCUCCUCCUGCGCACCCACUGCCAGACUUCAGGCUGGUCGCUCACCGAGCAGGACCCCUACAACAACGUGAUCCGAACAGUGAUCGAAGCCAUGGCCGCUGUGUUCGGGGGCACCCAGUCACUGCACACCAACUCCUUUGAUGAAGCCCUGGGUUUGCCGACUGUGAAGAGCGCUCGGAUCGCCAGGAACACCCAGAUCAUCAUCCAGGAAGAAUCAGGCAUCCCUAAAGUCGCAGAUCCCUGGGGGGGCUCGUUCAUGAUGGAGGCGCUCACAGAUGAUGUUUAUAAUACAGCUUUGAAGUUUAUUAAAGAGAUAGAAGAGAUGGGAGGCAUGGCCAGAGCGGUGGCAGAGGGCAUCCCAAAACUUCGUAUAGAGGAAUGUGCAGCACGGAGACAGGCCCGCAUUGACUCAGGGACAGAAGUCAUUGUUGGUGUGAACAAGUACCGUCUGGAGAAGGAGGAGACCGUGGAGGUGCUCGCAAUAGAUAAUACUGUUGUUCGUCAGAAGCAGAUUGAGAAGCUGAAAAAGGUGAGACAGAGUCGUGAUCCUGAAGUGGCAAAGAAGUGUCUGACGGCUAUUGAAGAGUGCUCCCGAUCAAGGGAGGGCAACCUCCUGGCCCUGGCUGUGGAGGCAGCACGAGCCAGAUGCUCUGUUGGUGAAAUAACUGAUGCAAUGAAGAAAGUGUUUGGAGAGCACAAGGCCAGCACCAGGAUGGUGAGCGGGGCUUACCUCAGCGAGUUUGGAGAGCAUGAGGAGAUCGCUGUGGCCAACAAUAGAGUUACAGAGUUUAAGAGACACGAGGGCAGGAACCCACGGCUACUGGUGGCGAAGAUGGGACAGGAUGGACACGACAGGGGUGCCAAAGUCAUCGCCACCGGCUUUGCCGACUUGGGAUUUGAUGUUGACAUCGGGCCACUAUUUCAGACCCCGCGGGAGGUGGCCCAGCAGGCCGUAGAUGCUGAUGUUCACUGUGUUGGGGUCAGCACGCUGGCAGCGGGACACAAGACGCUGGUCCCAGAACUCAUCAAAGAGCUACGCAAGCUCAACAGGCCAGAUAUCCUUGUUAUCUGUGGAGGAGUGAUCCCACCACAGGACUAUGAAUUCCUCUACCAGAGUGGCGUCUGCGCUAUAUUUGGUCCAGGAACCAGGAUUCCUCAAGCUGCUGUGGAAGUUAUUGACAAUAUAGAGAAGAGCCUGGAGAAAAUUCGACACGCCAUGUAAAACAGUUUGAUUUAACCUUUGUGUUACAGUAUCGUAAAAGUUGAAUUCUUUUCAUCUGAAUUUCUCUCCCCUCCUGGUGGAUGGAUGUGUUAAGUAGAUCCUCUUCACAUCGUGGAUAUUUCUAAAAUGAGGGGAAUAAAUACUCAUCGUGUCCUGACAGAUGUAGACCUGCUAUGAAUGUAAUUUUCCUUCCAUUUCUAAGCAGGAUGUAAUUAAAAAUCAACUUGUAGAUAGAAACUGAAA